AUGCUCCAACCACGAAUAUACAGAUCUGUGGUAACCUCAGAUGCGCCUCUAGCCGCGCUAGCAUCGUCCUUGAAUGCCUUGAGCCUGUGCUCAAAACACGCGCACCUGAACCCGCGCACCUCAGCCAUCUUCGUCCGACAUGCUUCACACGCACAGCAAGGCCGUGCAAACGGCACGAAAUGGUUUCCCGGCGAGAAUGUCGGCAUUGGGAAAGACCAUACCCUUUACGCUCUCGAAUACGGCUAUGUGCGCUACUAUCGCGAUCCCCUGAAGCAUCCCAAGAGACGCUACAUCGGCGUGGCGUUGGAGAAAGAAGGACCCAGAUCUCAGCUUCCCACGCCACGCAAUGCACCCUCCCGCAGACGAUUGGGGAUGUACGCGACGCCCAUGAAACCCCUACCACCGGCCGAGUCUCAAAUCUCAGCCGACGAAUCGUUCCUCGAGGCCCACUUGAGCCAGAGCAGCAAGCAAAUGCCGUUCAAAUCCGCUCAGGGAGGAGCAAUCAAUCCGCAGGCGGCGGCGCCUCCUCCGGCAUUUAACCGCCAAGGGACGUAUCGGGAGGCAAACGCAUCGAUCGGCUGGGCGGCCGAGAGGAAGGGGGUUAAGGUGCGCGAGUAUGAUCGCAGCGACCGGUGGCUGGCGUGGAAGAAACGAGCGCUCCGAGUCAAGAGGGGCAUGGAAGCCAAAGCAGCCAGAGCGAUGAGGAAGACCAAGGGCAAGAAAUCGAAUAAAGGACAGAAGACCGCCCAGAAGAAGAAGUGA